AUGAUUGAUGGUUUGGGUCCUAUGGAUUCAUUUAUUUUAGAUGUUUUGCGUGGUUGGAGACUACUUGUUGCAGCAAGCCUUACAAAUGAUGAAUGGAGAGACAUCCUAGCUAGCACUGGCAACAAGCUCGACUAUCCGGCCAUCGCUGAGGCUCUCCAAACCCUAUGGGAUGAGCAGCUCAACCAUCAUCAUGGAGCAUCCAAAGGUACAGUGUUGCAACAACAUUGGGUUGAGACCGCAGAUCCUUGGUACAAUGCUGCGUGGCACGAGUCCUCGUGGGACACUGAGGAUUGGCAUGAGGCGGAUUGGCAGUCCAUGGACCAAUUUGGUGCUUGGCCCCAAGCUGUCAACGACCCAGUGGAUAACACUGCAACCACUGAUGAUGAUCCUGAACUCCAAGAAGCCUUGGAGGCUGAGAAGGCCGCAGAGGCUUUGGCAGUUGAAGCUCGUCGAACCUGGUCGCAAGCUCAGCAGGCUACAACAGCCCUUCGACGUGACCGUGGUUUUGGGCAGUUUGCAGGAACCUCAUCCUCCAAAGGUGGCAAGGGUUCCAUCCGCUGUCACAUCUGUUCAGGUCCUCAUUUUGCUCGUGAAUGCCCUGACCGUCAACAUCCGCAGUACCGCAAAGGUGGUGGAAAGCAGUUGAGUCCAGCAGAGCUGGACGCCUACCUCUUCAAGGGCAAGGGGAAAGGCAUGCGAAAAGGGAAAGAUCAAAUGAUGUCUUCCUGGGAUGAGUCUUACAUGGCGCCUUGGGAUGUGAUGUACACCCAUAAGGGCAAGAACAAGAGCGCUGGCAAGGGCGGAAAGCUUCGUUCCACUGUCAAUGUCUACGGCAUGGACUAUGGUGGGAUGGAUUUUAGCAUGAUGGAGCUCCACACGCUUGAGUUCCAUGAGACGAUGGAAGCAGUUCCUUUGGAGCUCUACACCUCCAAUGAGACUCCAGCUCUAGAGACCUUCACCGCUGGCAUGCAGCUGCAGGGUCACGACGUGAAGGAUCCUCGAGCUCAGCCAUCAUGCUGGCCGUGUCUCGGCAAGCACGUGCCCUCAGUGACUGGAAGCAACGCUCAUGGCUCAUGGGCCAAGUGCGCCGUGUGUGCUCUCCGCAUGGAGUACAUCCCACGUCAGGGAUCUCCGGCAAGCUCAGUGGUUCACAAGGACCACACCUUUGUGGCCAAGGCUCUGACCAUGAUCCAAGAGGGCAUUCCGAAGGGCACACUUCCGGACUACGAGAUGGAGAAGACCUACGACUAUGUGGAAGCGAUGGACAAGAUCCGGGCCAUGAAGGCCAAGAUCUCCACCAUGGAAGCCGAAGCCCAGGGAAUGCUGAACAGCCUCGAGAUCCUCUACACCGGCUCCAAGAAGAAGACCACCAAGGCCACGGAGGCGGAGAAAAUUCUGGCCCAUUUGACGCCAGAGGAGUGGGACCACAUCAGCAACCUGGCAUCUCAACGCCAAGCCGGACAGAGCUCGGCAUCGGAGAUGGUUCCCUUCAGCCCCGGGUCCGACUUGGAAGUGGAGGAGAUCACACCGGCAAAGGUUCCCGAUCAGGAGUACACUUGUGAGACUGUGGAGUUUGAGCUUUUGAAGAUCGAUGAGGGCAAGUCCAACAAGUCCUCUCGCCGUGGCAAGUCUCGUCGAGAGAUGGAAGAGCAGCUCUCUUCACCACCGUCCCGUUCAUCUGGACUCUCCGUGCUUCCUUGGAGAAUUUGCCAGGCCGUGAUGGCCUUGAGUAGCAUGCUCCUUUUGGUGGCCCAGAAUGACCUGAGCACUUUGCUUCGUGGCCACCAGCAAGUCGAUGUCUGGGAGAUCUUUUGCGCUCCCGAUUCUUGGUUGAGCUCGGCUUGUCACUCUGAAGGACUGACUGCCUCCCGCAUCAAUCUCCACCAGAACUUCGACAUGUACCGUGCCGACACCUAUGAUGAGCUUUGGGACAAGUUCAAAAGAGAACGGCCUCGUCGCAUCUGGGUCUCUUCCAGGUGCACCUACUGGUGUCCAUUCACCAGCCUGAACUACCAGACCGUCGAAGAGAAGAAGAUCCUUGAGAAGUACCGACGGAAGGAACGAGCCAUGUUCCGAGAAGAGCAGAUCCAGUCACUUCAGCUCGAAGCAAUGCCUCAAGAGCUGGAGGAUGAUGAUGAGCCCAAUGCAGAACUUCGCAAACAGUGGGACAUCCAGCUGCUCAAGUACCACAAGGCAGCCGGACAUCCCAACAACUACAACCUGGCCCGCAUCAUUCGGGAAGCUGGUCAACCCCGCUGGAAGGUUGAGGCAGCCUUGCAGCUGUCAUGUGAUGAUUGCAAAGCCUUGAAGAUGGGCGGCACUUCCAGUUGCAAGAUUCCGCCGGCAUCCCUGCGGCCGCUUCCAAAGGCUUGGGAAAUGGUGGGGAUGGACACUACUGAAUGGACUCCACCAAACAGCAAGGUGAAGUACAAGCUUUUGGUUCUGAUGGACUUUGCCACCCACUUCAAAGCUGGCAAGAUCCUACGCUCCAUGGAUCUCUACAAGCAGGAGAAUGAGAACACCACUGAGAUCCUAGAGGGCAUCUUUGACCUCUGGCUUGCUUCCAAGCCCAAGAUGACCAUUUUGGUCUCUGACAAUGCGAAGUCGAUGGUCAGUGCCCAAGCUCGAACCACCCUCUCCGACCUCAACAUCCAGAUUGAAGUACCUCCAGCAAAAGAAAGCUGGAGCCAUGGCCUGAUGGAAAGAGCCGUCCAAGAGGUCAAGACCGUUGCCUCCAAGACUGCGCUCUCCUUUCCGGCGCUCUCGGCAAAGACCAUUUUGGCUCUCUCCAUCAACUCCCUCAACGCCACAGAGGUCGUGCAGGGGUACACUCCUCAUCAGUGGGUGUACGGGAAGCAGUUCAGCUUCUCAGAAGAGGAUGAGAGAUCCAUGCAACAGAUCUUACCUGAUGUCUCAGGUACCGACUUCAUCUCCCUGCUCUCCAACCGACAACAAGCAGAGGAGAUUGCGAGAAAGGUCACGGAGCGUGAACGCCUUGACUACGAGAUCUCCAAUCCAGAAGAUCCUUCUCACUGGCGCUCCUUGGCUGAUAUGGUGCCUCGUCGGUCGUACAUUGACCUUCUUCCAGAAGAACCAACUGAAGAAGAUGUUGAGUUGCCUCCAUUGCCUGAUGAGCCUGGUCCAUCAACACUUCAGGAUCAACGGCCUCCAGAGAAACGACAUCGUAUGAAGAGCCCAUGGUCACCACUUCAUGGACCACAACCUCCACCGGCCGUUCCAUCUCUGGAGUACACUCCCUCAGAAGCACCUCUCAAUGAGUAUGAAGAUCAGCCAACUCACGCUGAACCAGAUGACACUGAGGAAGUGACCGGCACUGGCAUUGGGAGUGGCAUCCCAACUUUAGGUGAACGCUUCACCAACCUCUCGGACAACAAGCCCUUGAUCUCCUUGUCCUCGGAUAGCUCCAAGGCAAGUGCUUCAGCCGCUGAGCCUGACUCCAAGAAGGCUCGCCUGGACUCCGAUGCCCUGAUCUUCCACACCUUGGAGAUGUGCGAAGAAGGUACAGAUUUGUCCAUGCAGAAGGACGCUAAGUUUGGGAGAUGUCUUGUGGUGGAUCAACAGUUUUACAUUGAAAUGUUGCAGGACGUUGAUGUGCACCCCACUUGGUUCAGCAACGGAUCAUCCACCAUGACUCCCAAAGAGAUUGCCGCCUGUCGGACAUCACUUGGUGCCUUGCAGUGGUUGGCGGUCCAGUCACAACCGCUUAUCACUGCUCGCUGCAAUUUGCUCAUCACUGAGCUUUCGACGGAUCCCAAGAUCCAGAUUGCUCAGGAGCUUCAAGAGAUGAUUCGCGAGCUGCGCAAGGAGGGUUCAACAUUGAAGUUUUUCAAGUUGCCUGGCGUUCGCCGUUGGACGGAUUUGUGUGUGGUUGGCCUGGGGGACCAGGCGCACAACAACAGACCCCGUGGAGGGUCGACGGGAGGCAUGACAGUUUUCCUGUCAGGUCCUGAUGCCCUCAAGGGCGUCCCCACACCAAUGUGCUUGGUGGCUUGGCGCAGCUGGAAGUUGAAAAGGGUGGCGAUCGGCACCAACGACGCCGAAAUGCAGGCGAUUGUUGAAACAGAAGAUGUGGUCUAUAGAACCAGGCUGCUAUGGGCAGGCAUGCACGGCACCGGCUCCAUCUUCAAGGGCCGGGAUUUGCUGAGCCUUGCGGACUCUCAGGACCACACCCUCGCAGGUGAUCGGUAG